AUGUUCCAAUGUCGGAUGUGUUCGGAAAACCCCUUCAGUGCCUUGGUGGGUGCUCCUCCCGGCAAGAGCGAGGAGAAGAAAAAGAAGAAGGACAAAGGUGAAGGCAAGAGGAAGUCGGUAUCCAAGCGAGACCAGGGCGCCUUCAACGCGCGGAACGAGGCAGAAGUGCGAGCUGCCGUCGAGCGCUGGAGUGAGUAUGCCCACCCUCGUGCCAAAGAGUUCUUUUCCACGCCAGAGCAGCUUGAGGAAGUUCUCAUUCAGUUGGCAAAGGGCACUGACAAGAAUGACGAUCCUAUCCUCGGCGGGGACGAGAAGUGUGUGUACUGGUAUGGCGACGUCACGAAGGAUGACCAUCAGGCGGCAAUCCGCAUGGUCAAGCCAGGCGAGCAAAGUGAAUCUGUGACAUAUGUGAAUCGUGUCCUUGCUUUCAUCUUCGCUACCGACGAUUCUUUCGAGAAGCUCAUGCAGCUUCCCAAGGAGCCCUUUAGGAUGAGCUGCGGAGACCAGCUUUGCGUGAACCUCGCUCAUAUCUCCUUGGCGGUGUCGUAA